AUGUUGGUUGCCCUAAACAUUGUUUUAAAUUUACAGACGGGAGGGGAUAAUACCUUCAUUCUACAAGAUGAAGAUACAGAUAGUGUAUCAUCAAUUUUAGGUGUUACAUGUACUGAUCAGAGUGCUGAGUUUGAUGGUGAUGGGGUGACCAAAACAGUUGCUGUCGAAGUUCCUCUUAAGCCAGCUCUUCAAAUACUUGAGAUGCCACCCCAAAAACUAGCUCAAGCUAUUGAUAUUACCAGUAGAUCUGGCGAUGAUGGGUUAAGAGAUAGCAAUAAAGGAUCUGAUUGCCCAACGAAGCAUUUGAACCCAUCUAAUAAAAUGUCUCAUCAAGGAAAGAAACUCUCGGAAGAAGUGCAGAUGGCUCAGAGGGAAAAGGAUAUAGAAAUGAGAUCCUUUAUCCAUGAGAAGGCUCAAAAAGUAAAAUUAGAAAAUAAGAUAUUAGAACUGCAAAUUUUAAAAUCGGAAUAUGAAUUAACAAAUAUGCAAAAUGAAAAAAUAAAAAGUGAUGAAAUAAAGGCUAAAAAAACAAACUAUGAAUUAAAAAAAUUAAAAUUAGAUAACGAAAAAACUGACAAUGAAAUUAGAUAUUUACAAUUGAAAAACAUAAAAUUAGGGUUGGAAAUUGAAGAUUUAAAACAAAAAAUGGCUAAUAAUAAAUGGAAUAUAUCAGAAGUAUACAAAUUUUAAAUGUAAUCUUUUUAGUAUAAUUUGUCUAUUUUUAAAUUUAAUAGAAAGCCAAAUUAAAACAAUGUUAUGAUAUACAGUGAUUUAUUUUCAUAUGAUUAGUUAUU